ACGCCAUGCUCACCGUAUACGGCAACUGCGUGCAAACGCGCACUGUGUUUUCGGGGGACCACGCCUUCACGCGCUAUGACUUUGAGCUCGUUUUUCCCGUAACGCAGCGCCGAUGGACGGUCCGGAAGCGCUACUCGGACUGCCUCCGAUUUCGACGGCAGCUGCAAAAGUGGGCAGCCCACGCCCGCGGGCGCAUCGUGCUCCGCGUGCGCGCGCUGCUGGCAACGCCGUUUCCGCGCAAGCGCUUUGACAACUUGAUCCACGCCGUGCUCUCGGAACGGUCCAUCGGUCUCAAGCAGUUUGUGUUUGGACUCAUGCACAUUUACACGGACGCGUGCUGCCACCUCCACGACGACGACCCGGAUCUGAGCGACUUGCACCACAUGCUGCACGAGUUCUUGCAAAUGCCGCGCGCGCUCUUGGGCGCGUGGAAGACGAUGACCAAGCACGAGCUUCGGUUCCCGGACGACCAGUGCGCGAUCUGUCUCGGCGGGUAUUCGUUUGACGACGAAAUGGUUGCGCUCUUGCCGUGCACGCAUGCGUUCCACAAAGACUGCGUCUUUACGUGGCUGUACGAGUGCAGCAGCUGCCCGCUCUGUCGAGUAAAGAUGGACUCGGUCCGCGUGCUUACGACGAAUUAACAGGAUAUAUAGAGUUAGUUGUUUAGGAUAAGUGAUACUAC